UUCCUUUUAUUUAAUUUUCUUAAUAUUUAUUUUAAAUUACUGGUAAUUACAGUCUUUUAUUUGCACUUUGCACAUUUUAUGUAACGAUGUAUUUCGGUCAUUAGUGGUCAAUCGAUGGUAGAUAUAUUGGUUUUAAUUGGAAUGUGUUAGUGUGUAUUUCGUAGAUAUAAUUAAACUUUGUUGUAUAUAUUACUUUAGUUCUUUGUGCAGUGAUUAGAAGUAGUGAUUGCACCAUGCCCAAAGGAUUUUUUUUUGCAGCAGCAGCAUUAAUAGUUUUGUUUUGCAAUACUAUUGAAAGUGAUUUGGAUUCGUAUGGCAGUUUUUUUUAUUUAAUUUAUUUAGAUGGUAGUGUUUCUCUUUUUGCAAGGAAGAACGAAAAUAUUUUGUAGAGUGUUAAAUAAAUGAGAAAUGAUGUCAUGUGUUUAUUCUUUAAAACCCAGUUUGGUAGUUAUAACUUUUUGGACGAGACGACAGGUUCCUUCCUCGUGAAUAAUAUCGCAUGCAGAAUGGCAACGUCGCACGAUGAUGGUGAUGUCGUGCGCCCCCUCGCGGCCGAUGUAGUACGUUUGCAAGUAGGAGGAUCGUCUUGCAAUUUCGGCGGUGGCCGUGUUAUUCGUGUCAAAUAUGGCUACCUAUUCAGAUGGGACGGAACACGAAUCCAGCGCGAAGCGAAUCAAGUUGUCCAUGGAGGAUGACCGUUGUGGUAAUUUGUGUCCGACGGAGGAGUCCUCCACGUGUCAAUUGAUGGCCGGACCCCAGGGAGACCCAUCAGAAGAUUCAGGAUAUGAAGCAUCGACAUUGGAAUCUUUAUCGACUCCGUUGAGGCGAGAAGUGGGAUUAGAGAAUAUGGAUGAAAUGCCGUUGCAUACUGAUAUGAGUAGAGAUAGUAUAGAUGAGGACGUUGAGGACGAAGAUGAUGACAACGUUUCGACGGUGAGUGAGUUGAGCGGCCUCUCGGAUCUAUCCGGACAAGAUUGGAAGCCCCACGCGGACAGCAGAACUUGGAUACAGAAACAAAUGCACAACGGCGUUGACCCACGUUCUAUCCUAGUCGACCUCGGCGUCGAGUCUCAUCAGAUACCGCAAUUCGUUGACGACGUAACCCUUUGGAAGCUGAUCAUAAAUAUGUUGGGAGAUCCACCCAGGAGACACAAACUCCGGCACGUGAAUACAUUAGAUGAUAUAGUGAGAUUGCUUAAAGGUGCCAAGAAGAUAAUUGUUUUAACUGGGGCCGGUGUAUCGGUGUCCUGCGGCAUUCCUGACUUCCGAUCGCGCGAUGGUAUUUAUUCGCGCCUGGCAAUUGAUUUUCCCGAUUUGCCAGACCCUCAGGCGAUGUUCGACAUAAGCUACUUUAGCCAGGAUCCGAGGCCGUUUUACAAAUUUGCUCGUGAUAUUUACCCUGGGAAAUUCCAGCCGAGUCCGUGCCACCGUUUCAUCAAACUGCUGGAGAAACACGGGAAGCUGCUGCGGAACUACACACAGAACAUUGACACACUAGAGAAAGUUGCGGAUAUCGAAAGGGUCAUCGAGUGUCACGGGUCAUUUGCGACGGCGACGUGCACUAAAUGCGGGAACAAAGUCACGGCGGAGGCAAUCAGGGAGAUCGUGCUCGCCCAGAACGUUCCGGUUUGUGCAAUUUGUAGACCGGACAUCGGAGAAGCGAUUGCUAUAAACGAGCUAAGCGAUCGGGAGCCGGACGAACUUCGAGAUCUGGUCUCGUCUGGUAUCAUGAAGCCGGAUAUAGUAUUCUUCGGCGAAGGUCUUCCGGAUUCCUUUCACGAAGCAAUGUCCGAGGACAAGAACGAAUGCGAUCUGCUCGUCGUCAUUGGAAGCUCACUGAAAGUGAGGCCGGUUGCUUUGAUUCCUAGUUCGCUACCAUCUAACGUACCGCAGAUACUCAUCAAUAGAGAACCUCUUCCGCACUGUCAUUUCGACGUCGAAUUGUUGGGCGAUUGCGAUGUCAUCAUCAAUCAUCUAUGCCACAUGUUGGGCUCCAGCUGGGAGGAAAGCAUAUAUCAGGACAGAUUGAACGAAGCUCUCCACCUACUGCCGCUGAAACCCACCGAAUCCGUGGAUAAAUGCAAUUGCGAAACUUCUUCAAGUUGUUCUUGUUUCGGACAGCAGGGCUCCAACUCCAUGACGCAGAGCAUAAAAGAGCGACACAUGUCAGUAGAUUCAGCGCGGGAUUCGGGCAUUGGAGAGAAUUCGAACUUCACCGAUGUUGAUACUAUGCGGUAUGACGAAGACACCGGUGAUAAGGUUCAUGGAGAGCCGAAGAAGAUCCAGAACGCAUCCGACAGGGAUAGCUUUCUGAACAACUGCGAGUUGGAGCUGUCUAGUAAUGGUUUCACUGAGAACAACGAGGAGGUGGCGGCGGUUGCAGAAACGGCUUCGUCUGCAGCUGUGACGAGUAUUCCAACUCAAAGCAAGGUGCAGGACAUGCAGGGCUAUUGGCAGCCUAAGGAAAAGCGCAGUAUUACAGACAGACUACCCGCUAACAGCUACUACCUGAUCCAGCCGAGCAGGUACAUAUUUCCAGGUGCGGAACUCUUUUACGAUCCAGAUGAGAAGUGCAGUUACUUCGACAACGCCAGCUCUGAUUCGUCGGACAGCGAGUCAGAGGCGGAACCUGCGCCGCCUGACUCCACCUUCUAAAAUCGCGCGCUCCCUCAGCGGCGAACAGUAAAUUCCUUGUUAUUACAUGCAUAUUCAUAU